AUGCCGCUCGUCAGGUUCGAGCUGCGGAAUGAGGUCGGCCUCGGCGACCCCGCCCUCUACGGCGCCGCCGCCAACGCCGCGGGAGCUGGGAAGAGAGGCGUCGUCGGCGUUAGCGGCGGCGGGGAGGCGGACCCCAAGGCGCUGCUCGAGGGCGUCGCCGUCGCCGGCCUCGUCGGGAUCCUGCGCCAGCUCGGAGAUCUCGCUGAAUUUGCGGCGGAUGUUUUCCAUGACCUACAUGAGCAAGUUAUAACCACAUCUGCUCGGGGGCGUAAGGUGCUGACUCGAGUACAGAACAUUGAAGCAGCGCUUCCAUCUCUUGAAAAAGCUGUGAAGAAUCAGAAGAGCCAUAUACAUUUUGCUUAUGUAGCAGGCUCUGACUGGCACACUCAACUUCAAAAUGAGAAAAAUCACCUGCUAUCCAGUGAUCUGCCUCGUUUUAUGAUGGAUUCCUAUGAAGAAUGUCGAGACCCACCACGACUUUACCUUCUCGACAAAUUUGAUAAUUCUGGUGCUGGGGCUUGCUUGAGAAGAUAUUCUGAUCCAUCGUACUUCAAGAAAUCAUGGGAUGUGAUGAGAGCAGACAAGACUGCAAAUCUCCAAAAAGAAAGCAGAUCUCAGAAAAUCAAGAGAAAAGGAUCACACCUGAAAGAACCAUAUCCUGGGCAAGCCACAUCUAGGCAUAGGAACGGUGAAUUGCAGCGAGCACUCACUUCUGUUCAAUUUACCAGCAGCAGGCAGUGUGCAUCUCCCAGCACUGAUGGCAGGAGCUUUUCAGAGCAUAGAUCUACAUCUGAUGCAAGAUCCAACCCUGACAAUAUAAGCAGAUCUUCUUCGUUUAGUUCUAAGGCACGACUGAGUUUUGCUGAACAAGCUUCAGAAACAAAGCCUUCUAUAGUUUCUCAUGAUAAUGAUCAUGAGAAGCUGUCAAACAAUGGCCGUGACAAGCUGUCAAAUAUUCAUCUGCACAAGCUUAGUGAUGCAUCUUCCUCCAUCCUGCUUAACGGGACCAGGGCAGAUGAUCUGGGUGAUGAUCCGAAGCAAGAUUCCCUGUCAGAUGAGAUGGUUGCUAGGUCACCUUCUGUUGAAUGGCAUGAAAAGACUGCAAUUGUCAUGACUACAAGUUCUGUCUAUUGUGAUGAUGUUGUGAUGGAUAGGGCUGAAAAUCCUGAAACUGAACAUAUUAAGCCUGUGCGGCGAGAAGUUGAUCAUAGGGAGAUGGAAACUUUGGAGCAGCAAGGGGCCUUACUUCAGAAGGCAAAACUGUUAUUACUGUCAUCAGGCUUGAACCACCAUGAUGAAGUCCCCAGUGAAACAGACAACUACAUGGAUGCACUUAAUACACUUGAAUCUGAGACAGAGACUGAAGUUGAAUAUGCAACUAAAAAACGAGGGAAGCCAGUACAAUCUUCCAAUGCUCAUGCACCUCAAAUGGAGUCAGUCGAUAAUAUUGUUUCACAACUUCCUAUUUCUUCUCCUGCUGAAUUUCCUAAUACAUGUAGAGAUUCCAGAAUGUCCCAUAUGCUUGAAAGAACUGCUGAGUUUCCCAGUUUGUCAAGUGCAGAUGAUCCGGGUAUUUCACAGCAUGCAUUGUCAGGUUAUACAGAUAUACAUCCUAAUGAAUGGUCAUCUGUUGCCACUAUCGCCGAGAAUAAUGCAGAGGAUGCUGUUGGAGGUCCUCAUCCUCCUGAGAUUUCAGAACCGGCUCCUCGAGCAUGUACAGCUACACUACCCAAUCAAAGAUCCCCUGAUGCAAAGGAAUUUCCGGAGAGUAAGGCAGAAGUUGCCCCCAGAGAUUCUCCUGAGAUGUCAAAACCAGGACUGUCAACCUAUGCAGUUACUCCUCCCAAUAAAGCAUCUGUUGUCAAUAAAAUCCUUGAGAGUAAUGCAGAAGAUGAAUUGGAAGAUAGUUGUGUUGAAGGCACUAGUUGUCUUGUACCCCAACCUACCAUUUCCUUCACUCCGACUUGUGAUGCAUCUGCUGCUAAAAUCUCACCUGGUGAUAGUGCUGGUAACUCGUUUGUUAUUUCAGAAAGAAGUCCUCAGGAUUAUAUGGGGGAGAAUCAUGAGGAAUUUGGUGGUUUUGGCAUGGCUAAAGUGUCUAAUUCACAGACCAUGCCUCUGAACGAGUCAUCAGAGAAUGGGUGUGCAACCCAGCAGCUUCCAACAAAUGCUCCUACCAGUUCUGUUGAAGUACCUUCCAUCAAGCUUUGGACAAAUGCUGGGCUCUUUGGACUUGAACCAUCCAAACCUCCAGUAUUUGGUGGCCAAGAUGGUCCAAGGGAGGUCACCGCUAACCAAAACAACUCAACGACUAUUCAAUCAGCCAUAAGAACACCUGAUACAGUUUUUAGUCAAACAAAUCGGCCCUCAGAGUGUUCUGCAUAUUUUGAGCAGAGUGUGCACAAUAAUAUGAAUGGCAAGCAAACUUCAAUAAGCGAGCUUCUAGAAUCUGAAGAUAUUGCUGAAAAUGGUUCUGAAACAUACUCUGCCACUGACAUGGCUGGAAGGAAUAAUUUGCAUGUGGUGUCCGCAUCAAGCUUUUCAAGCAUUGCACAGAGAUUCCUUGCUAAUACACUUCAGAGGAGAACUCCCAAAUAUAGUGAUCUUCCUAUGUCAUCUGGGAAAGUGAACACUGAUGCAAAUGGAAGCUAUGAAGCUACUGUAAAUUCCACUCUCGCACCAAAGGAAACAGUAUUCGAGGCAUCUCAACUUGACAAGAAAACAGAAAAUGGCAUGGAUGGACUCUCCAAAUCGUCAACAUUCUCUAGUUGCCAUUACUCUGAGAAAUCAUCUCCGCCACUUGAGCAUAUGAAAAUAUCUUUUCACCCCAUGAGUGCAUUUGAAAUGUCAAAAUUGAACCUAGAUUUCUCUGAUAGCAAUCUUCAUGAUACUGCUGAUGAUAUGAUCUUACCGACAUUUCAGUUACUUCCAGAGUGUUCUGUUCCACAGCCUGGUAGUGGUUCCGAAUCAGAAGAUGAUACCUUUGGUAGAUCUUAUAGUUAUUCUUCAUAUGAUGAUCUCAGUCCACGGUUAUAUUCAAACUCCGAGUUGUGGGAUCAAGAAGAUGAAAUUGGAUUGGAGGAUCAUGAGCUGCGUAAUGAUUCAAAUCAGAUAGGAUCCUCCACAGCACCCAUCUCUAGCUACAUGGGAUUUGAGCAAAUGAACUUAUCUGGUGAGAAGUCCGCUAUUUCAUUUUCAGAUACUGGGGAUCAUAAUGGACUUGGCACUUUAGAGUCCCAUCCUGCUGGAGAACUUCCUAACUUUGACACUUUGAUGUCCACAAACAAUCAUCAAAAUGGAUUUGAGCAAAUGAACUUAUCUGGUGAGAAGUCCACUAAUUCAGUUUCAGAUAUUGGAGAUCAUAAUGGUCUCGGCACUUUAGAAUCCCAUCCGACUGGAGAACUUCCUAACUUUGACACUUUGAUAUCCACAAACAAUCAUCAACAUGGAGAUACUCUCAUUCCAGAUAAUCCAGUCAAUUUAUCACCAGAUCAAGAUCAGAUGCCGCCGCCACCUCCUCUUCCCCCAAUGCAGUGGAGGACGAUGAGACAAACAACUUCUCUAGAAGAAGAAAGAGACUUUACAGCUAAAAACAUGCUUAAGAAUGCCUCGAGUCUACUGCCUGUACACACUCCUGUGCAGGAAGAACAUCUUCCGCCUGAUGCAGCACCAGAUCCACAAGGAAAUGAUAAGGAAGUGAUCAAUCAGAAAAUCGAUGUGGUAAAAGAAAUUAGUCAUCUUUCUAAUAUCUUCGAGAUCAAAUCAAGCUUGCUUCAACAAAUCAGGGAUAAACCAGAUCUGCAGAAGCUGAAUGGGCAUCAAAAAUCAAAAGCAUUAGUCAGUGAUGUUAACAGUUUGGACGAAAGGGAGGAGUUGCUUCAGCAAAUCAGGAGCAAGACAUUCAACUUAAGACGAAUAAAUGAAUCUAAGACAAGCACCUCAUCCCAGUCCACCGCCAAUUCCAACGUUGUAGCAAUUUUGGAGAAAGCAAAUGCAAUCCGACAGGCUGUGGCCAGCGACGGAGGUGAUGAUGAUAGCUGGAGUGAUGUAUGAGCACUCUAGUGGGAAUGCAUAUGACAAACGUUUCCUGUAUAUGCAAGUAGUACAAGAUGAAGAGCGAAAAUGUGAAUAACACCUUUUCUUCAUUGUAAUUAUAUUUUGCAGGUCUGUUUUUUUAACCUUUUUUAGUUUGUGGUAGUGUAUCUUAGGUUCCUGUGAUUGUGGAAAUGUUAAAUCAUAUUCACAUCAUGUAAAUUUUAUCUUAUUAUUUAUUAAUGGUAGUGAGAUCAACUGAUAAAAAUAAGUAUGUUAAGCUAUCUUUUCUAGCAUUGUACUAAAAAUUGUCUGUUUGCAAUGUUAAUAAGAUGAGGGUUGGC